CACACCUCUCUCCGAAUACACACAACCAUAAAAUCCCUGUUCCCGGCAACCAGUCUCCCCAGCUGCUGGUUCUCCGAGCCUCUCAGAAGACUCCUGGGGAACAGGGGGACAGUUUGACAGUCUGGGUGCCUGGUACCCGCCGGCCUCCAGCUCGGGGACUCCAGGGUUCAUUGACUGCGGCUGAGGCAGGGAGGGGGGGCAGCCCCUCUCCUGGGGGCGCCCCCCCACUGAGCCACCAUGCUGAGCAUCAAAUUACCACAGCUGCUCCGGGUUCAUCAGGUCCCUCGGGUUUUCUGGGAAGAUGGAAUCAUCUCAGGUUAUCGACGCCCUACCAGCUCUGCUCUGGACUGUGUGCUCAGCUCCUUCCAGAUGACAAAUGAGACUGUUAACAUCUGGACCCAUUUCCUGCCUACCUGGUAUUUCCUGUGGCGGCUCCUGGCCCUGGCUGAGGGUCCUGGCUUCUGGUCAGAGCCAUACCACUGGCCGCUGCUAGUGUACCUGCUGCUCAUCUGCCUGUAUCCGUUCACGUCCUGCUGUGCACACACCUUCAGCUCCAUGUCACCCCGAGCCCGCCACAUCUGCUACUUCUUGGACUAUGGUGCCCUCAGCCUCUAUAGCCUCGGCUGUGCACUCACCUACGGAGCCUAUGCCAUGCCUUCCUCCUGGCUCAACAGCCCCCUGCAUCAGCUCUUCGUGCCCACAGCCGCAGUCAACUCUCUCCUCUGCACCUGCCUGUCCUGUUAUUCGAGGUUUCUAGAACUGGAGAACCCACGACUCAGUAAGGUCUUACGCACAGUGGCCUUUGCCUACCCUUUCUUCUUCGACAACCUCCCACUUUUUUAUCGGCUCUUGCUAUGUUCCAGUGGGGCCUUCAGCUGUGGGCAAGAAGCUCUGAGUGUCAACCACACCUACCACCUGCUCUGUGCCCUGCUCACUGGUUUCCUCUUUGCCUCCCACCUCCCGGAACGUCUGGCACCUGGCCGCUUCGACUAUAUUGGCCACAGUCACCAGCUGUUCCACAUCUGUGCAGUGCUAGGCACUCAUUUCCAGCUGGAGGCAGUGCUAGCUGAUAUGGGGGCACGGAGGGACUGGCUGUCGGCCCAUAGCCCUCCCUCGUCCCUGGCAUCCACUGUGGCCACCAUGGGCCUUGCUGUGACUGGGAACCUGCUCAUUAUCGCCAUCUUCACAACAGCCCUGCUUCGUGCCCCACAAGCCUGCCCCUUACUGCAAGAGACGCAGCCUGAGUCAGUAGGCAGGGCCAAGGAAGAAUAAGACAAGGAGGAAGCCCAGAAGGCUGCUCAUCCUCAGAGACAGCUCCAUCUAACUCUGCAGGUUCUGACUCAAUCUGCUACUACCCUUCUCUGCUGUAGUUUUUUCAUCUCUAGGAGAGAAAUAGACCAGGGACCUCACUACGCAGAUCCCCAGGCCCUGGACUCAGCCCUGGGAGGCUGGGGGCAGAAAGUCCUGAGACUGUAAGAAAGAGAGGCUGAGAGGAGAGGAAAAGAUAGAAGAGGAAACAGGGAUUGGGAGAGGGCAGAGUGACUGGGAUGAAAGGACAGGGGAGGAGAGGGAGCAGGAGACCUGCUGUUUUGGGUAGAGGUAGGUGCUAAGGGUGAGAGAUGGGACAGGCUAGUGGGGGGAAGGCCCGGGGGAAUCGCUCAGGUCCCCAAAGUGUGCCCCGACUCGGGGCGGGGUGGUGGACAGGGUCCUUGAAGGGUUCAAACCUUCCUGUACAACUGAAUCUGCUUUUGUACUAUAUAGAAGAGACCCCAGGGUUUAAGGACCACUGAUUGAACCAGAGUAAGUUGUUAGGGAUAUUAGAAGUUCUAAUAGGGGCCACACCUCUUGGGUUUAUCUUGGAACUGUAUUGGGAAAGUGUUACAGACACAACAGAGGAAUAUUAAGGUAUCUGACUGGGGUCCCUAUUCAGGAUCAUGCAGAGAAGCUGGGUCAGUCUUUGGGGAAAUAACUCUCUUUAGGGACCCCUGGGCCCUCAGAUGAUCUCUUCUGGAGUAAACUAACACCAUUAAUUUAGACUUCACCAAAGGGGCCAGCCUUUAACCCCAAUCUUUGGGACCAAACUCAAGAGGGGAGAGGGACAGGAAACACCUGCCUCACCUGGCCCUCUGGCAUACUGAAAUGACCAGAAUAUCAUCAUCUCCAAGCCAAGGUGAGAGGUGAAAUGGGUAAUGGAACUCAUUGAUUCCUGGGAGAAACUGGAUUGAAACAGUUCCAGCCCUCUUGGUGUAUGUAUCUGCUUUACUAGCACCUACUUGCCAAUAAAGAGCUUUUCUCCCUCA